ACCGGAAGACAAAGCAGACAAGUGAAAUCGCUGGAAAAAAAAAUAGGUGUUAGUAACCAUGUUUCAAAUCAAGAAACAAAAACAACAAGUGCAAUAAAUACUACAUUCAAUACUCACCCAAGGCCAGAAGAUGCAAUACCAACCCAAGACCGGAAGACGAAACAGACAAGUGAAAACUAA